AUGGCGGAUCAAGUUCCUGUAGAGACAUCGAGACCCGUUAGCGCCUCGUUUUCUGGCAAGGUAGCCAUCGUCACUGGCGCCGGGUCUGUUGGUGGCGGUAUUGGCAAUGGCCGCGCGAUUUCCAUUUUACUGGCGGAGCAAGGAGCAUCAGUUGUUUGCGUAGAUCGUCAACGGGACUGGGUUAAUCGCACCGUCGAGAUGGUCGAGGCUGAAACGAAAGGGAAAGCAAUCGCUUUCAUCGGGGAUGUUACCAAAUCCGAAGACUGUGAGAAGGCGGUCGACAUGGCAGUUUCUGAGUUUGGACACCUGGACAUCUUGGUGAAUAAUGUUGGGAUUGGCGGUGCGAAAGGGAUGGCUGUAGAGGUAGACAUGGUGGAGUGGAUGGAGUUGAAUGUUAGUAGUAUAGUAUUGAUGGCUAAGUUUGCAAUUCCUGCUAUGAAAAAGAACACAGGACAGGUACGAGGGGCGAUUGUGAAUAUGGGCAGCGUGGCAGGGCUGAGAGGCGGCACUCCACAUUUGCUGUAUCCGGCCAGCAAAGGGGCAAUUGUUAAUAUGAUGCGUGCGAUGGCAGCUCAUCACGCAAAAGAGGGCAUCAGGGUGAACUGUGUGUGCCCUGGGAUGUUGUAUACGCCUAUGAUGUACGCAGGUGGGAUGAGCGAGGAGGCAAGAGAGGCACGAAGAAAUCGACGCUUGCUUGGGACGGAGGGAAGUGGCUGGGAUGCUGGAUGCGCUGUUAGGUUUUUAGCUUCAGAUGAGGCGAGAUGGAUUACUGGAGUCAUUUUACCAGUUGAUGCUGGUACUACAGCUGCAGUAGGGACCGAAUUACCAGCGUCUGCUAGUGUUGGAAACUGA